AGAUUUCAGUUCUUAAAACUUAGAACAAAUGAAAUUCAUUCCCUAUCCAUUUCUCAUUCCAUAACAUAACAAGAUCGAAAUUGAAUACAAAAUUUCAUUUCUCAAUGUUUUGGUUUUUUCCCCAUAGAUAUUCCCAAAGGGAAACAGCCGAUAUAGGGAAUGCGUUAGGAUGAAUACUAGUUUUUUAGUAACCAUCGUGGCUAUCUACAUCUAAACCGUUCAUUAGCUCUAUUUUUUCCUUUUUUUAAAAUGACGGUCAAGAUUAAAUUAAUGAUAAUUUGGGAAUCAAAAUAAUAUCACACAAGAUUAUUACCUAUAUUUAUAACCUACCUUCCCCAACCCUGCGUCUACUCUCACCUCCCUCCCACCUCCCCUCCCGCCGGCCGCCUCCCCACCUCACCCUCCCUUCCCGCCAAUACCGCCUGCCCACCUCACCCUCCCUCACUCCCCACCCCAUCCCACGACCCUCCCUCUCUCUCUCUCUCUCUCUCUCUCUCUCUCUCUCUCUCUCUCUCUCUCAGCGCACGAAGGAGCCGUUGGGAUCGCGGAGGUCGUCAAAGCAAUCGCCAGCGGUGGUCAUCCUUUUAUCUCCUACCCUCUCGUCUCAAUGGUAUUGUUUUUGUCGCAUUGGUAUUGAUUUUGUUGUAUUGGUAUUGUUUUUGUCGCUUUGGUAUUGAUUAUCAUGUAAUGGUAUUGAUUAUCAUGUAUUGGCAUUGAUUAAAUAUGCAAUGGUAUUGAUUUUUUGUGAAAUGGUAUAGAUUUUUAUUGGUAGAUUGUUUAUAUUGGUAGUUUUCGUGUGUAAUAGUAUAGAUUUAUUUAUGCAAUGGAUUGGUAGUGAUUUCAUGUUUUUUUUAUUUUGCAGAAAGAUUGAGAAAAAUAAGGAAAGAGGAUCUGGCUGGAGAUUACGGAAGUGACAGAAAGAGAGAGAAUUAUAAUUAUUAGAUUUUUGUAACUACCUAAAAUGUAAUUUAUUAAAAAAAUUAAUUAAAAAAUUUUAUUUUCCAUACCCAAUUUACCCUUAGUAACCAUGAUAAUUACUCCUUUGGAGUAAGAUAUAGUGUACAAAAAUAAAGGCUUUUCAUGCCGAAAUGUAAAAGAAGGGACGCCAGCCGACCAACGAUAAGAGUCAAGAGAGCAUUCUUGCCACGAUAUGGGCAGCUCUUUAAUACAUAUACGGCAAAGACAGAGUCCUUAACUCAAUGUUUUGGUUACCCAAAUCAGUGUUUGCUAAAACAUGUACUAACGGUCUGAUCAGAAAAUCACCUAACAAAGCGCAAACUGAGAUAAAAUUUUACAGGUAUAAAAUCAUUGAAUCACAAUUAAACCACAAUUUAUCUGUAACGACUCAUCCGGUGUAACUUCUUAUAUCUCUGAAGUCUGAACAUGCCAUAAAGUCCUCUCGUCGGAAAUGUUGCUACAACUUGGAUGGGCUCGAGAGGGUCCUCUUUUCUUUGGCACCGAACUUGCCAGCCCAAUCUACGGAAAAAUGAAGCCCAAACCGAAGGCGAAAAUUCUCCCACUUUAACGAAUGUGAUGGUGAUUAGGCCAAGGAAGAUAACCCUAUCCACCACUCCCCAACGGAGAGGUUGCCACGUAGGACACACAAUCGAGAUCUAGAGUGUCAGUUUCCUACCUCUCAUUUCUCCGCAUCCUAAACUAGAAAAAACAGCUCCCUCCUCACUCCUCCCCUCUUUUGUUCCUCAGCGAGAGAGAAGAAACUCCCCAAUCAAACCCUUAGAAGAAGAGACACCAGUAAGCAACCAACACAACCAAACAUGGCCGCUUCCACUUCAGCCGUGUCAAUGUCCAUGCCGCUGACCUACGCCAACCAGAAGGCGGCGGCGCUGCUUUCUCCUUCGCAGGGUUUCUUGUCCUUCAAGCCUCUCCCACCGGCAAGCCCAUCAUCAUCCGGCGCCGGGAGGGUCAGAUCCCAAGUCGUCAGGGCUUCCCUGAAGGAGAAGGCAGUCACCGGAUUGACGGCCGCCGCCCUCACGGCUUCCAUGGUCAUCCCCGACGUGGCGGAAGCCGCUGAGGUCAGCCCCUCGCUCAAGAACUUCUUGCUCAGCAUCAUUGCCGGCGGCGUCGUGCUCACCGCCAUCAUCGGCGCCAUAGUUGGCGUCUCCAAUUUCGACCCUGUCAAGCGGAGCUGAGAGGGAAGAAGAGGGCCGCAGUUUGCUUUUUGUAAUAAUUUCUACUGUUAAUG